AUGCGGCCGCUGGCGCUGGGACUCCGGUUCCUGACGCCGCUGUUUCUGCUCGCGCGGUCAGCACCUGCCUCUGAGCCCUCGGCGCAGGACGUGAGCCUGGGCGUGGACUGGCUGAGACUCUAUGGCUACUUACCACCACCAGAUCCUGCCCAGGCCCAGCUGCAGAGCCCUGAGAAGCUGCGUGAUGCCAUCAAAGUCAUGCAGAGGUUCGCUGGGCUGCCUGAGACAGGACGCUUGGACAAAAGGACUAUAGAAACCAUGCGCAAGCCCCGUUGCUCCCUGCCUGACGUGCUGGUGGGGCCUGCGGGGCUGGUUAGACGGCGCCGCCGCUAUGCUCUGAGUGGCAGUGUGUGGAGGAAGCGGAUCCUGACCUGGAGGGUACAGUCCUUCCCCCAGAGCUCCCUGCUGAACCCUCAGKUAGUGCGGACCCUCAUGAGCUAUGCCCUGACCGUCUGGGGUGUUGAGUCAGGCCUCACGUUCCAGGAGGUGAAUUCCCAGCACCAGGAGGCUGACAUCCUCAUCGACUUUGCCCGGGCCUACCACCAGGACAGUUACCCCUUCGACGGGCUGGGCGGCACCCUUGCCCAUGCCUUCUUCCCUGGGGAGCACCCAAUCUCCGGGGACACUCACUUUGAUGAUGAGGAGAUCUGGACUUUUGGGUCGCAAGAUGGUGAGGGUACUGACCUGUUUGCUGUAGCUGUUCACGAGUUUGGCCACGCCCUGGGUCUGGGCCAUUCCUCCGCACCCAACUCCAUUAUGAGGCCCUUCUACCAGGGCCCAGUGGGUGACCCUGACAAGUACCGCCUGUCCCAGGAUGACCGUGAUGGCCUGCAGCAGCUGUAUGGGAAAGUGCCUCAAACCCCAAAUGACCAGCCCACAAGGAAACCCCUGAUUCCUCCAAGGCCCUCUGUCCUGCCCCCUGACAGGCCCUCGGCACCUGUCCCUGAUCGAUGUGAGGGCAGUUUUGAUGCCAUUGCCAACAUCCGCGGUGAAACCUUCUUUUUCAAAGGCCCCUGGUUCUGGCGCCUCCAGCCCUCAGGACAGCUGGUGUCGCCCCGACCUGCCCGGGUGCACCGCUUCUGGGAGGGGCUGCCCUCGCACGUGAGGGUCAUCCAGGCCGCCUAUGCUCGGCGCGGAGACGGCCGAAUCCUCCUUUUCAGCGGCCCGCAGUUCUGGGUGUUCCGGGAGCGGCAGCUAGAGGGCGCAGCGCGGCCGCUCGAGGAGUUAGGGCUGCCGCCGGGCGAGGUCGUAGACGCCGCGUUCUCGUGGCCAUUCAACGGGAAGACCUACCUGAUCCGGGGACAGCAGUACUGGCGGUACGACGAGGAGGCCUCGCGCCCGGACCCGGGCUACCCGCGCGACCUGAGCCUCUGGGAAGGGGCGCCUCCCGCCCCCGACGAUGUCACUGUCGGCAACACAGGUGACACCUACUUCUUCAAGGGCGCCCACUACUGGCGCUUUCCCAAAGGCAGCGUCAAGACCGCGCCGGACUCCCCGCAGCCCAUGGGGCCCAAGUGGCUGGACUGUCCGGCCCCCGACUUUGGCCCUCACACUCCUGAGCCCCGCAAACCGACCCCCAAGCCCGGAACCUGUGAUUGUCGGUGCGAGCUCAACCAGGCCUCCGAGAGGCCGCCCGCGCUGCUCCUGGUGUCCCUCCUGCCCCUGCUGGCGGGCGUCCUCUUCUGCUGAGGGCAGGGACCUCCUGAGCGGAACAGCGCCCUACACCGAGCAGGGCCGGAGUCUCUGCUGGACCUUGCGUGGGGCUGUGAGUCUGUCCCCUCUGCGUAGCUCCCUCCAGCACAGAACUGGACAGAUUCCCUGGGGAGGUCCGGCUGCUGCCUGGACUUUACCUCCAGUGCUCUCUGGGUGGCACCCGCCGCCAAUGGGCACCAGUGCGCGGUGACCUCCGUGCUCCGUGGGCACCUGCAAGAGCAGCCGCCUGAGACGGUGCAGACUCAGGAAGGGGCGGGAUGCCGAGGCAAUGGGGGCGGGGAGGGGGCGAGAGGCAGAGCUAAGCACGGGGACUGUACACUU